AUGGCGGAUGCACUACUUGGUCCCGUUGUAGAAGUUCUAGUGGAGAAGGCAAUACAUUUGGCUUCUGAACAAAUUGGCCGGUUUGUUGCAUUCAAGAAAGACUUGGAGAAACUGAGGGAUACGUUGACUCUGAUCCAGGCUCUCCUUCAUGAUGCAGAGGAAAGACAGGUGACUCAACAAUUCGUGAAGCUUUGGCUGGAGAAGCUUGAACGUGUGGCUUUCGAUGCUGGUAAUCUGUUGGAUGACAUCAACUAUGAGAUGAUCCGGCGCAAAGUUGAGAUUCAAAACCAAAUGAAGAGGAAGGUAUGCUUCUUCUUCUCACUCUCCAAUCCCAUUGCAUUUCGUUGCAAAAUGGCCUGCAAGAUUCAGAAAAUCAAUAUGGAUUUGAAAAGAAUCAAUGAAGAAGCAAGGAACUUUGGCCUCCAGCCACAGACUGGAGCUACAGAUGCGCCUCGUGUUCUUCCUCCUCCCAAUGUAGGAGGAUUUAUAAAGAACAGAGAGAGUGACUCUGUUGCUGUUGAUACGGGUUUCGUUGGAAGAGAAAAUGAUGUCUCAGCAAUAGUAAAAAUGUUGACUGCCCCAAAUAAUAAUGACACUAUCUCCGUUCUCCCUAUAGUAGGGAUGGGCGGGAUCGGGAAGACUACAUUGGCUCGAAAUGUUUUUAAUGAUCCAAAGAUUAAAGAACAUUUUGAGAAGAGCAUGUGGGUAUGCGUGUCGGAUGAUUUCAAUGCCAAUAGGCUUUUUAGGUUGAUGCUAGAAUCAUUGGAAGCACCAAUGACCGGAGUUGAGGGUAAGGACGCCAAAGUCAAGCGGCUUAAGGGCUCAUUGGAUGGUAAAAGGUAUCUACUGGUCUUGGACGAUGUUUGGAGUAAGGAUUCCGUACUAUGGAAUGACUUUCUUGAGUCUUUGAGGGGUACUAGCCCAGCCAUGGGGAGCUGGAUUCUUGUGACCACUCGUGAGCGAGAAGUGGCAACCAUCACGAGAAUUUCUUCUCCUCAAGAUUAUUCCUUGGAACAAUUAUCAGAUGAUCAUUGUUGGCUCAUUCUCAAAGAAAAUGCAUUGGGUGCUAGGAAAGUGCCAACUAGACCGCAAGAAGAUAUAGGUUUGAAGAUUGCAGAAAAAUGCCGAGGCUUACCAUUAGCUGCAAGCGUUCUCGGGGGCAUGCUGCGCAACAAGGAAAUAGGUGAAUGGCAGAAAUUAGAGAGUGGGCUUCAAAGAGGUGAAAAUAAUGGCAUUGAUGAAAUUUUGAAGUUGAGCUUUGAUCAUCUGCCAUAUCCAUCUCUUAAAAAAUGUCUUGCGUAUUGUUCAAUUUUUCCCAAGGAUUUUGAAAUGGAAAGGAAUCAACUGAUCCAACUUUGGGCGGCAGAAGGAUUUCUUUAUUCAAAUCCAAGAAACAAUAAUAUGUGUAUGGAGGAAGUUGGCAACAUGUACUUUACCAUUUUGUUGGAUAGUAACUUGUUUCAAGAUGCAGAGGAGGAUGAGCAUGGGAAUGUUGUGAAUUGCAAAAUCCAUGAUCUUGUGCAUGAUAUGGUGCAAUCCAUUUCCAGUUCUAAAACUUUGAGGUUGACAGAGUCUGGAAGUGAUGACCAGGGGACGUUUCCCAUCCAGUAUCUUGCACUAGAGAGAAGUGAAAAAGAAAUGCCAUUUCCUCCCUCUGAAAGGUUCAAGUGUAUUACAACAUUAUUUUUGUUGGAAGACAGAUCACUUAAUGAUAGAGAGAUAUCAUUUUUUAUGUUGCGAGUUUUGAGCUUAAGGUCAUCAAGUGUCGAGGAGCUUCCUAAAUCAAUUGGGAAGCUAACUCAUUUGCGGUACCUUGAUUUAUCCAGACCUUCAAUCAAAAUAAUGCCAGACUCUCUUUGUCGACUUUAUCAUUUGCAGACAUUAAGAGUUGAAGGUUGCAAAUCAUUGACAAAGUUUCCAGAAAAUUUCACGAAUUUGGUGAAUUUGAGGCACUUUGAGGUGCGAAAUUGCACAAACUGCAAAGAGUUACCAACUCUUGGGCACAUGUCCUCCCUCAGAUCUCUUCACUUGGAAAGUCUUGAUGGCAUAACAAGCAUAGGACCUUCUUUUUAUGGAGAAUCAACCAUACAUAGUGGAAGCGGCAGUCAAAGUCCCCUAAAUUUGUUUCCAGCACUUGAACAUUUCAGUCUAAGGGACACGCUCAAUUUGACUGAAUGGACGGAAGCAGAAGUUGAUGAUAGAGAAUUGAUGGUAUUUCCUGUCCUUGAGACGAUAGAGAUUGAAGAUUGCCCCAAACUAGCAACUUUUCCAAGUCAUUUUCCAAGUCUCAAGAAAUUGCACAUCCAGUCGACUAAGAAUGGGUCAGCAGUAAUGAAAUAUAUUCGCAGCAGCGGAGUUAGCACUCUCACUGUUCUUAGCCUUUUGUAUGUGACUGGGUUCACCGAGCUACCAAAUGUGUUAUUUCAAAACAAUCCAAAUCUUGCAUAUCUCCGGUUAAACAAUCUUGAUUUGACCCAUUUCUUGGAUUUUCCGUCUGAUGUUCCUCAAACUUUAGAAGGUCCAAAUUCCCAAACAGUGCUUGAGUUGAGCCAACCACACACUUGUAUUGACAAUAGUGCUACUCAACGUUUGGUUGGUCUUGAGUCCCUUGAGAAAUUACAUGUUCGAUUUUGCAAUUCACUCAAGUCGAUUUCAAUCCCCAAGGGAGACAAGUACCUCACUGCCUUGAGUUUCUCAUUUGUUUGA